CUUGAAAACGCUAUCACACGAGGAAUUGUUCUCUUUCUGGAUUGCUGAUAGAUUUAUAUGAUUCAGAGAAGAACUCAGCGAUGAGUAUGGAUUUUUCACCUUUGUUAACGGUUCUUGAGGGAGAUUUCAACAAGGACAAUGCUUCUUCUGCAACAGAAAUUGAUACGUUAGAGAACUUAGAUGACACUAAGCAGAUAAGUAAAGGAAAACCUCCGAGGCAUCUCACAAGCAGUGCUAAUAGGCUGCAGCUUUCAGCCAAUGCGGAUGUGGAUGUUUGUAAUUUGGUUAUGAAGUCACUUGAUGAAAAAUCGGAGUUUCUGCCUGUAUACCGAUCAGGAAGUUGUGCUGAGCAAGGGGCAAAACAGUUCAUGGAAGAUGAACACAUUUGCAUUGAUGAUCUUGUUAAUCAUCUUGGUGCAGCUGUUCAAUGCUCUUCUCUUGGAGCCUUCUAUGGGGUAUUUGAUGGCCACGGUGGCACAGAUGCAGCACACUUUGUUAGAAAGAACAUACUGAGAUUCAUUGUAGAGGACUCCUCCUUCCCACUAUGCGUUAAGAAGGCAAUUAAGAGUGCUUUCUUAAAAGCUGAUUAUGAAUUUGCAGAUGAUUCUUCUCUUGACAUCUCUUCAGGGACCACUGCGCUUACAGCUUUUAUUUUUGGAAGGAGGUUGAUAAUUGCAAAUGCUGGUGAUUGCCGAGCAGUACUGGGGAGAAGAGGUAGAGCAAUUGAGUUGUCCAAAGAUCACAAACCAAACUGCACCGCCGAGAAAGUAAGAAUAGAAAAGUUAGGUGGAGUUGUGUAUGAUGGCUACCUCAACGGGCAACUAUCAGUUGCACGUGCCAUUGGAGACUGGCACAUGAAAGGUCCCAAAGGCUCUGCUUGUCCACUAAGCCCAGAGCCAGAGUUGCAAGAGACGGACCUGAGUGAAGACGAUGAGUUCUUGAUAAUGGGAUGUGACGGCCUGUGGGAUGUGAUGAGCAGUCAGUGCGCUGUGACAAUCGCUAGGAAGGAACUGAUGAUUCAUAAUGAUCCAGAGAGAUGCUCUAGAGAGCUUGUGAGGGAGGCCCUUAAACGGAAUACAUGUGACAAUUUAACAGUGAUUGUUGUGUGCUUCUCUCCGGAUCCUCCACAGAGGAUAGAGAUCCGAAUGCCGUCACGGGUGAGGCGGAGCAUAUCUGCGGAAGGGUUAAACCUACUCAAAGGCGUGCUUGAUGGCUACCCAUGAGUAUGUUGUGUUGUACGUUACUUUGUGAGACUAUUGCCAAGUUAGAGAGUGUUACAGGUUUAUUGACAUGUUGUGAUCUGAGUAUGUUGUUACCAGUAUUAGUAGUAUUCAACAUCCAUUGAGAUUUUAGAUGGAUGCAUAUCCCAUUGUAAAUAAUUUUUAACUUGUUCC